GUUCAGUUGUAGAACAGACGUGAUCUCAAGAGGACGUGUCUCUCUCUCGAGUCUCAGAGCCGCAGCGUGAAUUGAACGUCUCACAUUUAGCAAGCAAAUUCGAGCAGGCCGCGUGCGUGCGUUGUCUAUACGUAUAUGUGUGCGUGUACGUGCGCGUGUAUGUGAUCGUGUACGCGUGUGUGUGUGUAGAGUGAUGAUGAACGAGCGAAUUAAUUAAAAGAUAAUCAAAACAAAUUAACAACACAUAUGUAUAUUUUUCUACUGAAAGUCAAGUCAAGUGCCAAUUUGAACUCGCGCCAGUGCAAUGUUUCAAUAAAAACCACAACUAAGGAAAGCAAGAGCAACAACAACAACAACAACAACAUUCAACUUUUGAAGGAAAUCCAAGAGAGAAAAGUUUCGCUGGCUUUAUGUUAAAGCUGUCUAGCAACACCGCAACAGCAGCAGCAACGAGCGUAGCAGCAGCAGCAGCAACGACCAGGAGCACGACGACGACGAAUAGGAGCAGGAGUAUGACAGUGACUGGCCUGCGCCAAACGAUGACCAGCCCGACGGUGCCGCCAACCACAGCGCUCAGCAACAGCGCCGGCAACAACAACAACAGCAGCAGCAACAGCAGCAGCAACAACAGCAGCAACAACAACAUCAGCAACAGUAUCAGCAACAGCAGUCUGACGUCGGUGGCUGUUGCGGCUGCUGCUGCGGCUGCCGCCGGAACGGGUGCUCUUCAUCCGUUGGCGAGUCCAACAUCGCCGUCGGCACUGCUGCUGGCACACCAGCAACACCUGCUGGCCCAACACCAACAGCACCAGCAACAACAGCAGCAGCAGCAGCAACAGCAGCAGCAGGCUUUGCACUUGGCUGCAGUGCAUCCUGCACCGCAUCAUCUGCACAAGAGCAGCUCCAGGCUGAGUAACUUUAGUGUUGCGUCACUGCUGGCGGACACACGACCGCGCACCCCGAACACUAACAGCGAUGGACCGACGAAUCUGUCCAGUUCCGCCGCCACAUCGCCCAUCUCGCAGAGCAGUGCAGCGGGCACACCGCCGCCACCGUCGCUGGUGGUAGCAGCACCGCCAACUGUGCCGCCUACGCAUGCAUUUCAUCCCGCCGCUGUUGCGCAUCACGCCCACUUGCUGCAUGCCGCUCAUGCGGCAGCCGCAGCGCACGCCCAGCAUCAGCACCAGCAGCAGCAGCAGCAACAGCAACACCAGCAACAACAGCAACAGCUAGCAAUGGCGCAACUGCGUCAGGCCCAGGCCCAGGCUCAGGCGGACGCACGGGCCAGUUCGCCACCCGCCUCCGCUUCAGCCAGCUCGACGCCCAGUUCAACGCCGGUCGCACAUGGAGCUGGCGGCAGCUCAACGCCCGCCAAAAAUGAGAGGCACUCGCCGCUGGGCGGCAGCAGUCAUACGGAUUCAGAGCUGGAGUACGACGAGGAUAUGCUACACGAUCAUGAUGGGGAACAUGAUGAGGACGACGAUUCCAUUGUGGACAUCGAGGACAUGAAUGCUGACGAUUCGCCGCGAUCCACACCCGAUGGCCUCGACAGCAGCAGUAAAUCCCUCGAGGGCUCCCAUUGCGGACCACCUGGCUCCGGUGCAGGAGCAGGCCAAAUGCCAGCCACAAUCCUCUCGCCAGCGGCGCUGGCAGCCAGUGGCCAUGUGCCCAUCAGACCAACGCCAUUCAGUGCCCUCGCCGCCGCCGCAGUCGCCUGGGGCGGCAUGGGCGGUGGCGUUCCAUGGCCGGGCGCUCGACAAAUGCCACCGUUUGGGCCGCCGGGUCUGUUUCCAGGUCAAGGAUUUGGUGGAGAUGCCAAUGAGCCGCCUCGCAUCAAAUGCAAUCUGCGCAAACAUAAACCGAACCGCAAGCCGCGCACCCCCUUCACUACACAGCAGCUGCUGUCGCUGGAGAAGAAGUUUCGGGAGAAGCAAUACCUGAGCAUAGCGGAGCGUGCCGAAUUCUCUUCGUCGCUGCGACUCACCGAGACGCAGGUGAAGAUUUGGUUUCAAAAUCGGCGCGCCAAGGCCAAGCGGCUGCAGGAAGCGGAAAUCGAGAAGAUCAAAAUGGCGGCGCUGGGACGGGGUGCUCCUGGUGCACAAUGGGCGAUGGCCGGCUACUUUCAUCCGAGCCUGAUGCAUCUGGGAUAAGUGGCGGCCAAGUUGGUUGGUUGCACCAACAGAUCGUUGUUGUUGUUGCACCAGCCACACAAGCAGCCAGCAGCCAGAAUGACAACCAAAUAACUGAGCCACGCCCAGCCGCCAGCAUAGCCCACAAAAAGUCGUGCUCGCUUCAGAAAACGAAGAAUAAUAAAAACCCCAAAAUUUUGCUGUGAUGUUAGCGCAUUUUAUUUACGAUACUUCCAAAUGUUUUUUGUAAAAUGCACUCUGUAAAUACUGUAAGCAUAGAGAGGAUGAGAUAGAGAGAGACGGAAAGAGAGCUAGUUCUGCUUAGAUUCGUAAUCCAAAAUCUGUAAAUAUCUAAAAUAAAAAGAAACCUAAAAAAAAGCAAGCGAAAAUGUUUCCUAAUUGUACAUAAAUCUAGAGAGUAACCUAAUCAUGAAUUCUUAAGAGCCAAUUUGCGUUUAGAAGUAUUUGCUGUUUGUUAAAUAUAAACUGUAAUAUAUAGACUUUCGAAAAUAUUGAAAAUAAAUCAAAACUAAAAUGGAGAACUUCAUGAAUAAUUUAUUUGUAAAACUCAAGUCAAUAAAUAUACAACAAAAGACAAACAAAAUCAACGUAAGCUUUUGCCGUUAAUGAUAUUUGAUUGUCUUGUACUUUUGCAUAAUAAGUCUAGUUAAAAGAUCAUGUAUGUAUUUAAAAAAUACUUGUAAGAAACUUAACUAAACAGCUAUAAACUAUACCGUUAAUUAUACAUUAAAUAAUAAUACGCAGCCCUAUAUACAUAGCUCAUACAUUCAUACGAAAUACUACCAUAUAGUGUUAAUCCUCUGUAGUUGUUUACACUUAAAUCAUAAAACAAAAUCCCCAGAAAAAACCAAAACAAACAAAAAAAAAAAAAA